AUGCGAUUACGAGGGGUCAUUGUGGCUCUUGCGCCUGUAUACGCCGUCGCCACCUUUGUCGAUCCAUGUGUCUUGGAAGCUUGUCCAGGAUACGCCGCCUCCAACGUGAAAGUCCGCCACGAUGGGUUGAGUGCAGAUUUAGUAUUGGCAGGAGAGGCUUGUAACGUUUUCGGGAAUGAUGUGCAGAGACUUUCUUUGAACGUUACAUAUGAAACAGACGAUAGACUGCACGUCAAGAUCAUUGACCCAUCCAGCGCCCGCUACGAAGUCCCAGAAUCUAUUCUUCCACGCCCUUCGAGCUCCCCAGGUGCAUCCUCCAAAGCAUCCUCCAUACAAUUCAGCUACACAGCUUCCCCCUUCUCCUUCACUGUUUCCCGCUCUUCCGACAACGAGGUACUCUUCUCAACAAAAGGCCACGCGCUUAUAUUUGAACCGCAAUAUCUUCGUGUCAAGACCAGCUUGCCUGCAAACGCCAACAUAUACGGCCUCGGAGAGCAUACAAACUCGUUCCGCCUCCCUCCAGACAACACAACCUUGACGCUAUGGUCGCGAGACGCGUACGGUGUGCCCACAGGGACGAAUCUGUACGGAAACCAUCCGAUAUACUUUGAGCACCGGACAUCGGGCACCCAUGGCGUGUUCCUGCUCAACUCGAAUGGGAUGGAUAUCAAACUCACCAACAACGGCAGCGCGUCGGGAGGGCCUUCGCUGGAGUACAAUGUCAUUGGCGGGGUGUUAGAUUUUUAUUUUCUCGCGGGGAGCGAAAGCGAUCCGACUGCAGUAGCGAGGCAGUACGCGGAGGUGGUGGGUACGCCGGCAGAGGUGCCGUAUUGGUCGUUUGGGCUGCAUCAAUGCAGGUUUGGGUAUCAAAGCUUCGUCGAUGUCGCAAAUGUUAUCACUAGAUAUGCUGCGGCUCAGAUACCUUUGGAGACGAUGUGGACUGAUAUUGACUACAUGUUCCAACGGAGAAUCUUCACGGUCGACCCAGACUACUUCCCAUUAGCACGUAUGCGCGAAAUAGUGGAUUAUCUCCACUCUCACCAACAGCGUUUCGUGUUAAUGACCGACCCGGCCGUGGCGUACCUUCCGAAUGAUACAUACGCGCCAUAUAAUAAUGGAAAGGAUCUUGAUGUUUGGCUGAAGGCGCCGAAUGGGAGCGAAAGUUUGGGUGUUGUAUGGCCAGGCGUUACGGUUUUCCCUGAUUGGUUCCAUCCUAAUGCGCAACAGUUUUGGACUAAUGAGUUCGAGAGCUUUUAUAACCCUGAUACAGGGCUUGACAUCGACGGCGCGUGGAUUGAUAUGAACGAACCAUCUAAUUUCUGCAAUCUCCCUUGCGAUGACCCAUAUCAGCAAGCAAUACAAAUGAAUAUUCCCCCUCCGAGAGCAAAUCCGCCACCUGACCCCAACACACCGAUAUUCGUCAACUCCAGUGGCCAGGCACUGAGCCGAAGAGACGACGUUGACUUGCUCAACCCACCAUACGCAAUCAACAAUGCUGCGGGUGCAUUGUCGAGCAAAACCGCAUUUACCAAUAUCAGGCAUGCGAACGGACUCGCCGAAUAUGAUACGCACAACCUGUACGGAACAAUGAUGUCCGUCGGUACACACAACGCCAUGCUUGCACGCCGGCCCGGGAAAAAGACGCUCGUCAUCACGCGCUCGACGUUCGCUGGCGCCGGCGCGAAGGUUGGCAAGUGGCUGGGUGAUAACUUCAGCCAGUGGGACCACUACCGCGCGUCGAUUUCGGGUGUCCUGGGCUUUGCGGGUGUAUAUCAAGUACCUAUGGUUGGUGCGGAUAUUUGUGGUUACGCGGAAGAUACGACCGAGAAUCUGUGUGCGAGAUGGGCGAUGUUGGGCGCCUUUUACCCAUUUAUGCGAAAUCACAACUCAGACACGUCCAUUAGCCAGGAAUUUUAUACAUGGCCGAGCGUUGCACAAGCUGCUAGGAACGCUCUUGACAUUCGAUAUCGACUUAUGGACUACAUCUACACUGCAUUCCAUACAGCUCAUACCGACGGUACUCCCGUCCUCCAACCCCUCUUUUUCAAGUAUCCCAAGGACCCUAACACGUUUCCUAUCGAUCUUCAAUUUUUCUUCGGCGAUUCAGUCCUCAUCUCACCUGUUACGGACGAAAACUCGACUUCCGUCUCCAUCUACCUCCCUCACGAUACAUUUUACGACUUCCUCACUCUCGCUCCCAUUCAAGGUACCGGGGCCUCUGUAACUCUUCAAAACAUCAACUUCACGACUAUUCCCGUAUACAUCAGAAGCGGCACAGUGCUUCCCUUGCGGGUGGCGAGCACAAUGACGACGACAGAGCUGAGGAAGCAAGACUUUGAGUUCGUCGUUGCUCCUGAUGCACGCACCGGCCAAGCGAGUGGCAAGCUGUACAUUGAUGACGGGGAAACAGUGUCUCCACCUGCCAGUGCGACUACUCAAGUGAAGAUGGCGUUCAAUGGCGGGCGGCUGGAUGUUUCGGGGACGUUUGGGUUUGAUACUGGCGUUGCUGUGAAGAGGGUGCGGUUCCUUGGGGUGGGUGCGAAACCGGACAAGGGGCAGGUGAAGGUGAAUGGAAAAACGGUUAGAGAGGGCGAUGUUCAGUGGGAUCAAACCACAAAGGUGUUGGAUGUGAAUGCAGGAAUCCCACUCGACAAAGCAUUCAGCGUACAGAUUCACGUGUAG